AUGACAUGUGAAAAAAUCGGUGACCCGAUCACUACCAUUAUCAACGAACCAUGUGAGCACCAUCAAGCUCUAUUCACCAACAAUCGAAUCUGGUUAUUCGGAAGAAAAUUUGUCAAUCAGCCGUCACACAACUGGGGGCAUAAUGUCGCUCUAGCCGGAACGUAUGGUGUCGCAUUUAAUAUAACAGCAAAAAAAUGGGAAACGCCACAUCAUUUCUCAGCUUUGUCAUCUGAAGAGAACGUAAGCGAGGCAUUGUUCAUCUUUAGUGGUGCAAUUCAUAUUCUGCUUUUUUCUGCUUUUGGAGAACUUGCGGUAAAAUCACUGCACAAGUGGACUGGUACAUCGUGGGAACCAGUUCAUGUUCAAAGCUUUCCUCCAGUAUGUGGUGAUAGUCUUUCGGACCAUGUGUCGCUGAUUGUGGCUGAUGGGAAGGAUGAAAAGACUAAGUACUUUGUAAGUACGGUCGGUCACACUAUGAGAGUGUCUCGCAUGAAAUCUUCGAGUGAUGGGGUUGUUGUUGAACAUUUUAUGGAUAUUCCAAGAAACGUCAUGACUUCGCCCAGUGGACAAGCUGUAUCAGCUGUUGAGACAGAUGGACGGCUGCUAUUUUUUUAUGGAGUGCACGGAUGUGGGUUCCGAUGGGAUAAUAGCCGAUUAGUAGCGUGUGAUCUGAACAAAAAGACGUGUGAGUCUGUCCAGGUUUCUGGUGAUGCGGCUCCAAAAUGGGGUUUCCUGGGUGCGCAUGCUCAUGGCCUUAAGCAUGCAGGAACGUGGAUUCAUGCAGUAGGAGCUGUUCGCUCUGGAAUGACCUCCAGUCAGUAUGACGGUAGUAUAUGGGCUCUGCAAAAUCUGACUGCGAGCCCUUCUUGGGAGCGUUUUCGAGGGGAGGUACCUGCCAGCAUGGGUACUGACGUCGCCGUCGACGACAAGGAUGGAAUCGUUUACGGUGUUGGAAAAGAAGGCGUUGGAAGAGUCAAUAUCUAA